AUGCUUCCUCCGCUGCACACGCUCGUGCUGUACGACCAGCCGCAGACGGUGCGUCGUCCGCGCGCGUCGCUCCACCGUGCCGAAAACGAGCAUUCAUUUCGUUCGCUUCGCUUCGCUUCGCCGCGCGCGCGCAAGGGCGACGGCGGCGCCGCGAAGACGCAGACCGAGGACAUCCUCAACAGCAUCCUCCCCCCGCGCGAGCACGUCGAGGACGGCACGCUGUGGGUGCAGUACGUCGCGCCCACGCCCGCGACGCGCCUGGACGUCAUCAACCUCCAGGAGAAGCUCGACGCGCGGCUGCAGGCGCGUCCCACGCGGCAGGCGCGCGAGACGGGCCUGUGCCCCGUGCGCGAGGAGCUGUACGCGCAGUGCCUCGACGAGAUGAUCCGCCAGGUGACGAUCAACUGCGCGGAGCGCGGUCUGUUGCUGCUGCGGAUCCGCGACGAGAUGCGGAUGACGAUCCAGGCGUAUCAGACGCUGUACGAGUCGUCCGUCGCGUUCGGCGUGCGGAAGGCGCUGCAGACGGAGCAGGGAAAGAGCGACAUGGAGGCGCGGAUUCUUCAGGCGCGUUCUAGUAUCGCACUGCUGGAGACGGACAAGGCUGACCUGGAGAGGCAGUGCGCGGAGUGGAAGGCGAAGUGCGAGGCGAUCGAGAAGCGGGAGAGCGAGCGGAGGGCGGACGAGGAGGCGAAGCACGGCGACGAGAUCGCGUACCUGAACCGGAGUAACAAGCAGCUCAAGGCGCAGCUCGAUAAGUUUUUGUCCCCGGAGGCGGCGGCGAAGAAGUGA